GAACUUAAAGUUCCGAUAUUUUUAUUUAUUUUGAAAUUAUUUGUGAAUUUAUUUUUUUGAUCUUUUUUUUACAACAUGAUCAAUAAACGGUUACAAAUUAUUACCAAACAUAUUUUUAAAAAAUAUGCAACCAAAAGAAUUAAAACGUCAUCAUAUCGCGGUCUAUCCACCGUUAGUCGCACACAUUCCGCUACUGUAGAGGCCAAUCAAAGUUAUUUAAAUUACUUGGGAAAGCAUCCCUUUGUAUACCGGAAUGUCGGACAAGAGUUGGAACGUGCUGCAGCAGAAUAUAGCAGCACAGAGGCCAUUGUUUCCUGUCAUGAAGCACAAAGACACACUUUUAAGUCUCUAAUAGAUGAAGUGGAUCGUUUGGCGGCCGGUUUUUAUAAAUUGGGUUUAAAAAAAGGUGAUUAUAUUGGUAUCUGGGGACCUAACAACAUGCACUGGUAUCUAACCAUGUUGGCAGCUUCCAGAGCUGGUUUGGUAUCAGUGGGUAUUAAUCCCGCUUUUCAAGGACCCGAAUUGGAAUAUUGUUUAAAAAAGGUGAAUGUAAAGGCUAUUGUGUGUCCAUUGACGUAUAAAAGUCAAAAUUUUUAUGAGAUCAUACAAAGCAUUUGUCCAGAGUUGACCAACAGUGAAAAAGGUAAAAUAAAGAGUGAAAAUUUACCUCACUUGAAGGCAGUCAUCAUCAAUACAGAUUCCCAGCUUAAGGGAGCUUUAACUUUUAAUGAAGUCUUGGAUUUGAGUGACAAGCAGGGAUGUGAUGACAUAUACAAGUUGCAGCCCUACAUAAUACCCGACACACCUUGCAACGUACAAUUUACUUCUGGUACCACAGGUCAUCCUAAGGCUGCGGUUUUAUCUCAUUUUAAUUUUGUUAACAAUGCUAUACAUAUUGGAAAUCGUAAUCAGAUAAGAGGUGGCAGAAUAUGUGUUCAAGUACCCCUCUUCCAUGCCUACGGUGUGGUUAUAACCAUCAUGGCGGGUAUGUGUCAUGGUGCUACUUUAGUUUUACCCUCACCUGGAUUUAGUCCUGAACAUUCCCUUAAGGCAUCGGUGGAAGAAAAAUGUACUAUUAUCCAUGGUACACCCACUAUGUAUGUGGAUCUCAUUAAAAAGCAACGUGAGUUGAACCUGCCACUGACGACAUUAAAAAUGGCUGUGACUGGUGGUGCUCCCUGUUCACCACAACUUUUCCUAGACAUUAAAAGUGUAUUAAAUCUUCAGGAAGUUCGCACCAUCUUUGGUAUGACUGAAACAUCAGCUUCCAUAUUCCAAUCACGCCCUGGUGAUACCAUGGAACAAGUAUUAAAUACUGUGGGCCAUAUACAAGACAACAUCGAAGUGAAAGUUGUAGAUGCCGAGGGUAACAUUGUGCCCUUUGGACAACCGGGAGAGUUGCUGGUGAGAGGCUAUCUAACUAUGUUGGGUUAUCAUGGCGAUGAAGAGAAGACCAAAGAAACGAUAGGAGCUGAUAAGUGGUUGAGAACAGGUGACCAAUUUGUUUUGCAACCUGAUGGUUAUGGCCGUAUUGUUGGACGUCUAAAGGAGAUGAUUAUACGUGGUGGUGAAAAUAUUUUCCCAAAAGAAAUUGAAGAUUUCCUUAAUGCUCACGAAGACAUCUUGGAAACACAUGUAAUUGGUGUUCCCGACGAACGUAUGGGUGAAGAAAUAUGUGCCUUUAUUCGUAUGCAUGAUAAAUCUGCCAAAAUAGAUCGUGAUGCUGUCAAAAAAUACUGCAAAGGUAAAUUGGCACACUUUAAAGUUCCUCGUUAUGUGAUAACUGUUGAUGAUUUUCCAAAAACCACUUCUGGUAAAAUUCAAAAGUUCAAAUUAAUCGAACAAUUUCAAAAGACUUAUGGCAAAUAGUAGUUUUCCUUAGCAAUGUACUCAUAGUAGUUUUAAUUUAUGUAAUUAAGUAUAAUUUUUAUAUUUGUUUUAAAAUGUUUUGUAUGUAGAAUGUAAAUUGUAAAAUAAAAAAAAUCAUAUUACACAAAAAA